AUGCCCGACACAUCUCCCACGGAUUCCGCAGGUCAAUCAUCAGCACCAUCGUCCUUCUCGGCAUCAUCCAUAAGAGACAGCUUGUCCUCCAUGUCAACAGCACCGACGAGCCAGUCACAUCACACGCCAAUGAGUACCGUUGCGGAAGGCCCCGCUCGUAGUGGGCCUCAGGAGGGCGAGAGCAAAAGUCGAGGGCUAGGCGAGCGGGCCAGAGGAUUGAUGGGAGGAAGAUUUGGGUCGAUAAGGGGACAACCUCCUGCCGGACCUCCCCCUCUUCCACCACCUCCGACAGCUGCGCAAUCUGGACCGAGUAGACCUAGUGUCUUCGGCCGGGCGUCGAGCCGCUUGUCCUCCAACCCCCUUCGACCUACUCCAAAUACAGCGCCUUCUUAUCCCCCGCCAUCGUCAUCUCUCCCCAUACCGCCCUCCUUAUCGGUCAAUACAGCCUCGCAACCUCCUCCUGCCCCUUCGGCCAGCUUUGGGCGCUCCCUCAGCACUGCACCUCCAGAUCCACAUAGCUGGCAUGAGCGUAAAAACUCUGGAAUCUCGCAGCGGUCGACCGGAUCCUCCAUAUCCAUCCCUCCAUCACCAUCUGCCUCUGCCCCGCCCAUAUCGCCCCGUACCUCGUCCCUGGCGUCUCAGCGAAGUACACUAGCGAAUCCACCCAUGGUGCCGAACUCUCUCCCUAGAGAUCGGUCCGACCAGGCAGAGGGGAGCGGGACUAGCGGGAGUAUGCUGCCAGGGCGGAGAAUACCUUCAAGGCAAUUGCUGCAAACGGCGUUGGAUCUGGCGCAAAGAGCGGUGGAGAUGGAUCAGGGGAAUGAUGUCAUUGGGGCGCUCAUGGCGUAUAGGGAAGCGGUGGCGAGGCUACAGGCGGUGAUGGACAGAGUCAGUGAGGGGAGAAAGGGCAAAGAUAAGGACAAGGAUGGAAAAGCCGAGCAGGAGGGGAGGACGUUGAGAGGCAUUCAUGAUGCGUAUCUCGCGCGCAUCGAACUACUGCAGUCAUACGAAAAUGGCGAACGGGACCAUCCGGACGAAGGGCUUAUCAACGGCUUUCCCGCUCCUCCAGACUCCCGGCCCUCGAACUCCCGCCCGUCCACUUAUGCCUCCUUACCUUCCGAGUCUUCCCUCCCGUCCGCUGCAUCUUCUCAGCAGCUGUCGCUCAAUUCGUCGGAAUCUUCCGGCCAUCGGAGUGAUGUACCGUUGGCGCCGGGCGAGCGGACACCCCGCCCGUCUGUCGAUAGUGGCUUGUCAUCCGAUGAUGUCAAUCACAUCGGUGACUUCAUGCUGGCCGACCAGAGCUUUGAGCCAUUCUCGCCGGUCAAGACCGAGUCGGGCGCGACUCCUCAAGCGGGAGAUCAGAAUACGCCAUCUCGACCUUCCAGCGGCAAGCGAUCAUCAUCGGAAAGCCUGACCAGCCGGUCCUUAGCCCCAGACUAUGGCCUGACGUCUAUGAUGGCAGGGUCGACCUCUACGGUCAUGCUGAAUGAGGCACCGCCUCUGUCAAGCAUGCUCAGCAAUCCUCCCCCUCGCCGCGAAUCGCUCUCAUCUACUGCUGCCCUCGGCCUGGGCCAUCCUACCUCCCCUCCCAAGUUCUCAGACGACUCCAUGCCUGCCGCACCCACUCCGUCGAGCACAGCUAGCUCAGAAGCGCCCAGUACGCCCAACACGUCCCGGCGUCAUCGGCGGCAGAUGCCCUCGGUGGGCAUAGAGGAUGAGGUGGGGUUGACUGCGGCGGAUGGCGCGGAGGAUGGCGGGGAGGUGGAGGAGAUGAUGGACAGCCAAGAGAGAGCAUCUACAGCGGGUGACGGGGUAUCGCGGACCCACUCUCGCGCCGGAUCGAUCGACAAGUCGCUCCCUCCUUUACCGACAGAUACACCUACCCGCACCGCAUCGCAUUCCCGGCAGUCCAGCUUGAGCAGACUGGGACAGCUCAUUAGCGACAGCACGUCCAGAGGGACGAUCUCCCAGCGGCGGCUCUCGCGGAACAGCCCAAAUCUCUCCACGCUUGAUCCUGGCGGACCGCCCUCCCCAUCCAUACCGAGCUCUAGAUCCAUGGCGUUCCCUGCCCGCUCGCCGGGGAACGAGGCAAGCUUCAGCAAUGUCAGCACCGGUGGUCAAGGCUCGAGUUCGAGAUCCCGCUCAAAGUCACAGCCGGGACAAAGACCGGGGGAUACCUUCCAGGCGGAAUCAGCAGACAAUGUACCCCCUCUCCCGAACCUCCGAAACAAAGCCUCAUUCCCCUCGCAGUCGCAACAGCGGUACUCGCACGCGCGCAUGCCAUCGGACAAUCUCGCGCCGCCCGGACCGGGAUCAUACCGCUCCGUCAGCCCAAGCUCACUGGCUCCAUACGAGUCAUCCGGCGCCAUGUCAUUCUCCGGUUCGCUAAUAUCCCCCGUACCCGAGCUCCAGCCGGAAGACCAUAUCCACCGACCCUUCCAUCUUCUCCGGACCAUCCACCUCUCGAUGGACCCCGAUGGUCCCGGUGCGUACCUGACGGGCGCAAUCCACAUUCCUUCGUCCAUAUGGAUGACAGCCCCUCCGUCUUCGUCGCGAUCGUCCAUGCGGUCCGGUCAGACAGGCAGCGGCGGGGGCUCGGGACCCAAGAUCGCAGCACAAGACGUCAAAGUGCGCAUCAUGGAAUCGCUCCUCCUUCACCUGGAGAUCAUACGGCAUACGGGCGCACCGCUGCUCGAUGGUCCGCGGGAAGUGGGGUAUGGCGUUCCAGGUGUAGCUGCGCCAAGGAUGGGCGGACAGGCCGUUGCUGGGAUAGGGCAGGAGCUGCUCAGCGCGCUAGAUGGGCUGGAGGAUGAGAUGGACACGGUGUACAAGAGCUUUGUCAAGGCGGGUGUGGCGGUCGGUGCCUGGAAGGGCAAGAAGGCUUCUACCAGUAACCGCUCGUGGGGAUCAAAAGUCGUCAGGUCAAUGGACAAGAUGACCAGCUCCAAGGCGAUAGACAGCCCAGAUAAGUAUGUUGACCUCCUCGCCAGCCUCUGCUCCAACAUCCAGAUCCUCAAUGAUCACAUCUCCAUGUUCACCGGUCCAUGCACGCCCGCAUACCAUUAUAUCGCCGAGCCGGGCUAUCGGGCCAUCGAGCAGCGUCUAGUCCGCUCCGCCGAGUUUGUCAGGGUUGUUCUGGUGCCGUUCGUGCUGGACGACUUCAAGCAAUUCUUUUAUAGGUAUCUCAAAGCUGGCAUGCGGUAUAUCGAGGAUUAG